AUGAAGAAAACGAGCAGCAUAACUCAGAAUCUUGCUUUCUACCCUCAAAACAAAACAGAACACGAAGAGCUCUCGAACGAUGCUAUGCCUCCUCUGACCUCCGUGAUCCAAAUUAUCCCCCCAGACAAGGACGAAGAGAUCGAAGACAUUUUCGCCUGUGCUCCCGGCCUCAUCUUCACAGACGACACACGCAACCAUCAUGGCGACCCGGGGUCAACGAUAGUCUAUAAAAGCGCUCGAUUUGGAGAUAUUGACCUGAAGACUACGGAUCCGGAGCGAGAGGAGGAGAGGCAGUUGUUUGGGCAUUAUCUUUGGAAUGCUGGGAUCAAAUUGGCGGAGCUGGUUAGUGAGGAGGAUGAUGGGAGGUGGAGUGUGAAGGGCAGGAGGGUGCUUGAGCUUGGGGCCGGCGUUGGACUUUGCGGUAUUGUCGCUACGCUUGCUGGGGCGGAGGAGGUCGUGAUAUCGGACUAUCCUGCACCCGUAGUGCUCGAGAACAUUCGCCGAAACGCAAAGCAUGCUAUUCCUGAAAGGCUAGCAUCUGCAUACUCCAUUGAAGGCCACGAAUGGGGCGAGCUGGGGACAGACUUCGCCACCAAAUUCGCAGGGCGCUUCGACCGCAUUCUCGCAGCGGACUGCUUCUGGAUGCCCUCACAGCAUUCGAAUCUUGUGCAGUCCACGCUGCAUUUCCUGGCACCCGAUGGGCGGGUCUUCGCAAUCGCUGGCUUCCAUACUGGACGUGCGAAGCUAGCUGCUUUCUUCGACGUCGCUGUAGAGGAAGGUUUGGAGAUCGAGGAGAUCUGGGAAGAGGAUGUAGAUGGGGUACGGAGAGAGUGGGCCAAAACAAGAGAUGGAGGUAGGGAGGAUGUGACGGGCAGGAAGAGAUGGCUCGUACUUGCGAUCCUCAAAAGGCGAAUGAGAGGAUCAUGA